CCCCGGGCCGGUUUGUGGGAAUGUCUGCGGUUGCUGGGAGUGUGAGUGCGCCCCCCCGGCCGUGCUGUGGGAGUGGCUGAGGUUGCUGGGAGUGUGAGGAGUGCCGUGCCCGCGCCCCGUGCCCGCGGAGGGUAAGAUGGCGGCCAGGCGGGAGUCCUUACCGGAGCUCUGGUCAUACGGAGUGUGUGAGGACGGCCGGGUGUUCUUCAUCGAUGACCUGACACACAACACAACCUGGCUGCAUCCCAGGACUGGGGAACCUGUCAACUCGGGACACAUGAUUCGCUCAGAUCUGCCCAGGGGAUGGGAGGAAGGUUUCACAGACGAAGGUGCCAGCUACUUCAUUGACCACAACCAGAGAGCGACAACUUUCAAACAUCCUGUGACCGGAGAAAUCUCUCCUGAAAACUAUGAGUUUGAUUUGCGGGAAGGGGAGAUCUCACUCGAGUCUCCGCAGCCGAUGAGCCAAAGACCUUCAAGUAUGGUCAGUGAGACGUCCACUGCAGUGACCAGUUCGAAUGCAGACACCAAAGCCAUUCCCAAGGCUCCCAAAUCUGGCAAUAAAGUCUACAGCUUUGGCAAAAGAGAGCAGUCCAUCAAGAGAAACCCGGAUGUCCCAGUUGUGGCACGAGGCUGGCUGUACAAACAGGAUAGUUCUGGGAUGCGAUUAUGGAAACGUCGCUGGUUCCUGCUUUCUGAUUACUGUUUGUUUUACUACAAAGACAGCAGAGAGGAGGCUGUACUGGGGAGCAUACCGCUGCCUGGGUAUGCAAUCUCACCGGUGGAUCCAGAAGAUCGCAUAAACCGCAAGUAUUCAUUUAAGACUGUCCAUAACGGAAUGCGAGCGUAUAUUCAUCAGAAACGCUCGACAGUUGGCUUCCAGCAGGAAAACACCGGAAUGCGGACAUAUUACUUCAGUGCUGAUACGCAAGAGGACAUGAAUGGGUGGAUGAAGGCAAUGAACCAAGCGGCUCAAAUGCAGAGCACGCAAGAAACCAGAAGAGGCAGCGAAGAAAUGGAAUGGUCCGUUGAGCCAGAGCCAGAGUCCAAUCACAUAGAUUUAUUCAGAGAAUAUUCAAAAUCGGAAACUAUUCAAUUAAAUAACAAUAAUCAGAAAACUAAGGAGUCGCACAUAGAUUCAUUCAGAGAAUACACGAGGCCCGAGAUUGUUCAAGCAAACAGUUAUCAGAAAGCCAAGGAUUCGCACAUAGAUUCAUUCAGAGAAUACAUGAAGCCCGAGAUUGUUCAAGCAAACAGUCACCAGAAAGCCAAGGAUUCGCACAUAGAUUCAUUCAGAGAAUACACGAAGCCCGAGAUUGUUCAAGCAACCAGUUAUCCGAAAGCUAAGGAGUCGCACAUAGAUUCAUUCAGAGAAUACACAAAGCCAGAGAUUGUUGAAACGAAAGGUUCUCAGAAAGCCAAGGAGUCACACAUAGAUUCAUUCAGAGAAUACACAAAGCCAGAGAUUGUUCAAACGAACAGUUAUCCGAAAGCUAAGGAGUCACACAUAGAUUCAUUCAGAGAAUACACAAAGCCAGAGAUUGUUCAAACGAACAGUCUUCAGAAAGCCAAGGAGUCGCACAUAGAUUCAUUCAGAGAAUACGCGAAGCCCGAGAUUGUUCAAGCAAACCGUUAUCCGAAAGCCAAGGAGUCGCACAUAGAUUCAUUCAGAGAAUACACAAAGCCAGAGAUUGUACAGACGAACAGUCAUCAGAAAGCCAAGGAACCAUUUCCCUCAAACAAGUUUGAAGAUCUGAGACCAGAGCUGGUGGAAGAUCGCUGCACUCCUCGCAUGCUAAACUCCAAGGGUUUUCCAUCAAACAAUUUUAUCUCCAAUGAUGGCGAAUCUGCAUUCACAGAAUUCUCCAAAACCUAUAGGAGCCAGGUUGCCCAGCCGCAGUCCUUUGAAAGAAAUGGAACACUUCCAGCUUCAUUCAGUAUGAGAGUCAGCCCAGUGGAACAGAAUGGGAUGGACAAGCGUGGCUUUGUUCAAAGGGCAGUUCCUGAAAAAAAAGUGCAGAGGAGAAGUAACAUGGCUCAAGUGGAACAGUGGGUGAAGAUUCAGAAAGGGGACCCUAAAAGUGCUGUUUCGGAUCGUACGCUUCCACGGCAUAACCCCCCUCCACAUUAUUCAGAGAGCUAUCAGACAUUGCCAAAGACCAACAGACAGCCAUCUGCUAGCUCACCUCCCCCGAGUAGGAAUCUUCCAAGUGACUAUAAAUACGCGCAUGAUCGGGUCAACCAUUUCAAGAUGUCCAACCAGGAACGGAAAGCAACCAAGGAAGGCAUGGUGUGGCAGCUGUAUGAGUGGCAGCAGAGGCAGCAGUAUAAACAUGGCAGCCCUACUGGCCCCAUUAACAUAAUUUCUAUGGACUACAUGGACCGUAAUCGAUCAAAAAGUUUUUUAGAUGUCCCUCGAUCCAUUUCUGUACCCCCUUCCCCAUCUGACAUGCCACCACCAGCGCCUCACAAAUCAUUUCCUCCGAAGAGACCACACACUCCGUCUGAAAGACUUACAAUUAGACCAGAGGACGUGCAGCAGCCGGACCUAGUUUAUGAUGCUUCAUCGCAGAAGAUGCGCUUCCAUACUGUUAAGUCCGCAGCCCAUGUGGAUCGGCGCUCCAUGCCCUCACUGGGUUAUAUGACCCACACUGUAAGUGCCCCCAGUUUACACGGCAAGUCGGCUGAUGAUACAUACCUCCAAAUGAAGAAGGACCUGGAGUAUUUGGACUUAAAGGUGACUGGGAGAGAAAGCAUGAAAGAUCGCUCCUCUAAACCCGUCCGAAUCGCUGAAAGUGACGUCGAUGUUAAGCUAAGCACCCUCUGCGAACAGGACAGAAUCUUGCAGGACUUGGAGGACAAGAUCCGAGCUCUAAAAGACAAUAAAGACAAGCUGGAGACAGUGCUGGAAGUUCUGCAUAGACAAAUGGAUCAAUACAAAGAGCAGCCACAGCACUCUGAGAAAAUCUCUUAUCAACAACGUCUUCUGCAGGAAGAUUUAGUCCAGAUACGAGCUGAAAUGUCCAAAGUAUCAACUGACAUGGAGAACUCCUGGAAUGAGUACAUGAGGCUGGAAAAUGAUGUGAGUCGAUUAAGACAAACCUUGCAGGAGCAGAUGAAUAGAUCAUCAUCUUCACAGGAAAAGACGCAAAUGCAAAAGGAUUUGUGGAGAAUUGAAGACGUUACUGCAGGCCUCAGUUCAAAUAAGCUAAACUAUAGAGUUCUCGUGGAAUCGUUAAAAAACCCAGAAAGAAAAACAGUGCCUUUAAUUUCUUCCCAAUUUGUGCCUUCCGGAAACACAGCGUUUACGUCGUUGCGCAGCAAAUCCGUAUCACCGCUCAACCAUCUUUCUGUCAUUGCCAAACCCACAUUUGAAGUGGGAUUGUAUGCUCAACCAUACUCCCAGACAAAAUCUCAUUCUCAGCCACAACUCCUGAUGAAAUCCGAUCCACCUCCACAGUCACCAACACGUGUAACAGCCACGCUUGAAGAAAAUGCACCCCCCAGACCACCUCUUCCUGAUAAGUACAGCCCUGAUCAUCCUGACCUUCCUCCCAACAUACCUCCACCCCCUGCAAUGCCUCCACCCCCAAGAGAGACCUCAGUCAUUAGACAUACGUCAGUGCGUGGCUUGAAGCGCCAGUCCGAUGAGAGGAAACGCGAUAGAGAGUUGGGCCAUGGGGUGAACGGAGACUACAGGGUAGAAUUGCGCACAUAUCUAAGUGAUUCAGAACUGGCUGCAGUGGCACCAGAUUCCAGCCAGUCAUGUGAAUUCCUGACUUCUGAUUCUGCAUACCAAACAUUACCAACCAGAGGUUUAUCUGGAUCGACCUCUCGCCUUCCUCAGUCUUCAUCAGUCGCCUCAUAUGUUACUCUGCGGAGAGGAACGUCUACGGAAAGUUCUAAGGACAGACCAAAAAGUGCCUUUGAGCGACUGUACUAUCAGGAAGACCAGAAAGGAAAAAUGAGUGCGGAGGAGCAGCUCCAGAGAAUGAAACGUCAUCAGAAAGCCUUAGUUCGUGAGCGCAAGAGAACGCUCAGCCAAGGAGACAAACAGUCCAUGACAACAAGACCUGCUUCGCGGCCGCUUUCUGCAGACAUAAGCUCAUGGCAACGCGAGCAGGAGUUUGAUUUUCAGCUAUUGGAGCGAGCGGCGCGUGAUGUAGAGGACAGAGAUGACAGCGACUGGAUGAAGGUGAAAGCUGUACAUGUAGCUGAAUUGGAUAUGGAAUCUGACGAAUAUGAGUUUGAUAUUAGCAAAGAGCUCUCAGUGCCUGAUAAGGUGGCGAUUCCCGAGAGAUACAUUGAGCUGGAGCCAGAGGAGCCCCUGAGUGUGGAGGAGUUAGAAGCGCGACACCGUAAAGUGCAAAAAAUUAAAACCAUCCUGGCCAGAUCGAGUGUGCAUAACCGGCAAAGCGCAAGUUUUCCUGAGGAAUUAGGAGACAUGGACUCACAGUGGCAGGAACAGGAACGGAUGAUCACAAUGUCCCACGCUCUGGCCUCAGAAGCCUCACAGCGAAGCAAGCAGGUUGCAGCUUACUCAGUCACAAAUUACUGACGUCACAAUCUGAUCCGUUCAUUUCUUGGGGAGACAAUGUCCAUUUGGUGCCUGAUAUCAUCUGAAUUAUCACGGAAAAACAACAGGAAUUAACAAAUCAUUUAAAUUGUAUUUGUAGAAAAAUGCGAAUGACCACAUUUUUAAUCGUGUCUCCAAAGGCACAGAGCUAAAAAAUUAUUUUUCAAUCAGCCUGAUUCGAAAGAGUGUCCCAUUUAUUUUAGUUUUUUCCUCACUGUGUAUAUUGUAGUAUCUGUCUAUGAAAGCUUUUUUUUUUUUUUUUUUUUUUAACUGUGUGUUUUCUUUAUUCUGAAGUGCUGUGAAGGUGUAUGUAUAUAUAUUUAUGGCCAUAGGAAAAUGUCAGUGCUCCGAUAUAUAUAUAAAUAUUUCUGUGAUAAGAAAAUUGGCUUAAUUGGAACUUAAAGGGACAUCCAGGACCAAAAAUCAAAACUUGUAUCAUGCGAAUAAUCUUCCAGAUUUUUGCAUGGCACCAUUUUUUCAUAGAAUUUAUUGGUGGAUGCUUAUUUAAUGCUUUAAAACAAACAAAGUUAAAUUGGACUUUCUUGCUUGUUGCUUCUGGAAUCAGAACCUGAAGCCAGAGUUUUUCUUUCUUACAAACAGAAAGUUCUCAGCUGCCUACAAUUUAUGAAAUGGCUUGUGAAGUGUCUGUUUAGCUUUGUACCCCAGUUUGCAAUGGAAACAUUUUUAAAAUAAAAAAACAAACUGUGAGCCGGCAGCUGUCAGAGAGGAAAAGAUGUAAUCAUUUUUAUGUUGGGGUCCCAGUUGGUCCAUUACAGCCUACAAAGGUAAUUCAAGCUGAUAUUGGCUUGAUGGUCUUACAACACUCAAUCUGGAUUUCCACCAGGGCGUGUGUGAUUCUCUGGCCAGUGCCUGUCUAGACUGGCGUCCUAUUAUUAAUUUCCAAAUGUGCCAUUUUUCUUUGUGUCCAUUUAGAUUCAUCAAAUGAUUACAUUGCUUGUAUGAAGCAAUAAAUUUGGAGUAAAGGCAGAAUACAGUACUCCAAUAACUAGUAACUAACAUUAUACUGGAUUCCUGAAUGUACCACUUCCAUAUGAUCACUGCUGGGGGGCCCUGACAGGGCAUGUCCUGGACACAAUCCAUGCCGCACUAUAUGUUCACAUCCUAUAACUAGAUAUCUUAGAACUUGCUGGAUUUGGCUCAGAGAGAGGCAUCGGGUCCAGGACCUCAUUUUAGCUCGAAGGCCAUUUUCUCCAUGACUACCAGAAGGGACUGCAGAUGAAAAUCAGACAUUAUGCCCAUUUUCAGAAACGUCUUAAGCAGCCCACUUACAUGAAGAACUAGGCAUUACUGUGCCCUCUGGUAUUUACUUACUUGUGGGCCCUUAACAGAGAGUGCAGUGACAUCUCAUUUGUGAAUCUAACCGUUGUAUCAGAACCUAAAUGGGAGUUUAACUAAGGUCUCAGGUUCUACACAGAGUGUAAUUAUGAUCCUAAAAGAACAGAUCCGGGCCCCCCACGCCUAGUGGCUCCAGGACAAUAGGUAGAGGAAUGCAGUGUUUAGCCCUCCUAUACCAGGUUUAAAUAUGCACACAUUCUCUAAUAAUCUAUAGAAGAUUUUAUAUGAAUAUUAAUUUUAAUUAAGAAACUUGUCUAUAU